UUUCCAACACAAUCGAUCAGCGUAACACUUCAAUCGUCACCGACCGAAUCGUAAACUGUGUGACGACAGACAGGAUGUAAGAUUUGCUGAUUUCGUCCAGAGACUUGACAGCAGAAACACAAGAGGAAGUGAACAGUAUCUGUACAUCUGAGAUGGGGGGAUCGCAUAGUGUUUUCACGGAAGAAGAACUUGGUGAUUACCAGGAGCUCACAUUCUUCAGCAAGAAAGAAAUUUUACAUGUACAUAAGAGGUUCCAUUUACUAGACCCAGAAGCAGUGAGGGCCAACAAGAAUGCAAGACUUCCAAUGGAUAAGAUUCUAGAGCUGCCAGAACUCAAGGUGAAUCCAUUUCGUCAUAGAAUUUGUAAAGUCUUCUCAUCAGCUGAAGAUGGUUCUUUACUGUUUGAAGACUUCUUGGAUAUGAUGUCAGUGUUCAGCGACGCUGCACCCAAGAGUGUCAAGGCAGAGUAUGCCUUUCAGAUAUACGACUUUGAUGAUGACGAUUUCAUCAGCAGCGCAGACCUGCGUGAAUGCGUUAAUAAGCUGACCGGGGAGCAGCAUUUGUCGGAUGAAGACAUGCAGCAGUUGAUUGAUAAUGUCCUGUCGGAGUCUGAUUUGGAUGACGAUGAUGCAUUGUCUUUUGCUGAAUUUGAACAUGUGAUUUCCAAAUCACCCGACUUCUUAAAUUCUUUCAAGAUCCGAUUGUAAGUGUCAUCAAGAUGUCUUGGAGUAUCCCAGAAUUUAAGAUGAGACUGAUUGUUUUUCACCCAUUUUUGGUAACGGCUCCACAGUAUGUCCAAACCUAAAGUUGUGUGUUUCUGUUCGUCGGGGAUGAGAUUUGCCAAAAUGAGAAAAUUACUGAAAAUGGCUUAGGGGCUUUGUGUGGAUUUCACAAAGGAUUAAGAUUAGUCUCAUUUGAGUUAGGAUGAGUUACUUGUUCCAACUUAGAACUAGCCUUAAGUUUUUAGUAUCAUUCUCCUUGGCCUAACUCUUUGUGAAAUCGGCCCCUGGAUUCCCCUACAUGUGUUCUCUGCGUGGAACCUUUUUUUUAUUUUUUUAUUUUUUUAUUAUUAUUAUUGGUUUAUUAAAACACAUUCAAACAUCGCAGCUACAAG